AUGACCCUUGGGAAGGACACUAAACCUAUUUAUCUUGAUCUAGUCCUCACCAGAUCUAAUUCUUCUUCCUGGGAGCACAAAACAUCGAGACACAAUAUAUGGAAUGGAGCUCUGCAACUGGAUAAAUCUCUUUUGGACCAACCAGAUGAAAUUCGAAAAGCAAUUCAAACUGUUAUAGGAGAUUCGAACUACAAGAAGAAUGCUAGAAGACAAAGUUCUGGAAGAUCAGUCAAACAAACCGAGAGAUGUUGUAUUGAAGCAUUGCGACGACAGUUUGGACCUCUGGAGACGUCGGAUUCUGAAGGACGUCAUCUUAAUACAUCUGCAUAUUACUCAUUAGAUAUCGCACUUGCAGUUAUCGUUGCUCUGUUGAUUUUGUUGUUCGUUAUUAAUUUUGUUUUUAAAUACGUUUCCCGUAAUAUUGCUGAACUUGGGUUUCUUACGACCAUCUGUGGAAACUCAGUUUUGAUCUAUCUAACCGGAUGGAUGACCAAGCAGAUCCAGGGACCGUACAAACGAAUGAUUAUCAUUUUUGCGUUCCUCGGAUUGUCAUUUUCCAUGGUUGAAAUGAUCGCAAGACCGUUUGCACACAGUUACAACGGAGCUUUAGUGUACUUUAGUUUGGCGAAAGAGAUUUCUGGAUUCGAAGGAGUUGUGACUUUUCUGCUAGCACUGUAUGCUGGCUUAUAUGCCGCUUUGAUCUCAUUUGUCGCUGUGCAAUUCAUUUUUCGGUACUUUAUUUUGAAUAACCAAGACAUGGCCACAAUCUUAUUCAAAGGAUGGAAAAUGGCUAUAUGGGUGUCCUAUUCCAUGUUGUUCGGCGCUCUUUGGAUAUUCUUGUGCUUCUUCUGUGGAAAGUUUGAUGAAUACUCAAUGGAUUACACAAGUGACGAAAUGAGCAAUGUCUACAGUAUGAACAUCAAUAAAACUGCUGGAAUGAUUAUUGUGGCAUAUCUUAUUCAAUACGUCAUAAUGAUAUUUUGCGGAACCAGUAUGCAUUUUCAAAUGGUCGAAAAACUCAAGCACUUCUCGAUAACCCAUCAACGACUUCAAAAGCAAUUCUUCAAAACUCUUGUCUGCCAGAUUACUGUGCCUACCGUACUAUUCCAUGUACCCAUCGUUCCUGUCCUCUUCGCACCAUUUCUCAACAUGAAAAUGAGUUUUCAGUCUGGAAUCAUCUACAGUCUGUUCAAUUUGUAUCCACCGAUUGAUAGCUUUCUGCUGAUGUAUAUCGUGUCGGACUAUCGGAACGCUUUGAGUAAACUCUUCAGCCGCAACAAGCAAGUCUACACUGGAAGUAACGCGUUCUCAACUAAUGUCAGUGUUCGAAUGUCAUAA